CCUAAAAUCCAUUGUAAAUUAACAAAUGGCCAAGAACUCUCAGCGUAAGUUGGUAAAUGGCCAGUCGCCGACCAUCUCGCAACCGUUGUUCGCGUAUUCAGUUCGAAAUUUAAAAAAUAAAAAACACAAGAUGAAGUCGUUGGUGGCGUUCUGCAUCCUCACGUUCCUGUGCAGCGCGCUGGCCAAGAGCAAACGAGACGACAAGGUGAAGAUAGCGGUGUACUACGAGUCGCUGUGCCCUGACAGUAAGAAGUUCAUCACAACACAGCUGGCGCCCGUCUGGAGGGAGUUCCGAGGCCUCGUCAAAGUCAAGCUGGUGCCAUAUGGCAAGAGCACUCACGACAAAAAAGACAACAAAUGGCAGUUCACCUGCCACCACGGCCCUGAGGAGUGCUAUGGUAACAAGAUCCAGUCGUGCAUCCUGAAGGACCGCAGCCUCCAGGACACGGAGAAGAUGGAGCUGGUCAUCUGCCUCAUGACGCAGGCGCAUCCCGACAAGUCCUUGGAUGUGUGCUUGGAGCAAGUGAAGCGUCAGGCGGAGUCGGACAAGCUGAAGCGCUGCGCGGACGGCGAGCAGGGCGACAACCUGCUGGCGACGUUCGGCGACAAGACCGACGCCGUGGCGCGGCCGCUCGGCUUCGUGCCCACCAUUAUCAUCAAUGAGAAAUUCGACCAAGCGCUUCAAGACGAGACGCAGACCGACCUGAAGGGCGUGGUGUGCCGCUUGUCGCCGACCAAGCCCAGUAGCUGCUAACUAGAACGCUUACCCUACUCACACUCCUAACUUAUAAGUACAUUUUAUAAUAAUAAAUAAUUAAUUCUUACUUUUACUUA